AUGUUGCGCCAAUCGCUGUUUUCGCUCCUUUCCCUCGGCCUGGCCACCCUCGCAUCCGGCGGUGUCCUCGCCCCGCGUGGUGAAGACGUCGCGGUCGACAACAAGUGGAAGAACCACGAUGACGUGGCUCGCUUCCAGCAAGCGCCGUCGUCGGACAAACUGCGCGGCGAACUCCAAUUACUGUUCAAGCCUUACCUGAACGUUCCGGGCGGUUGUUUCCCUUACGCUGCCGUCGAUAAAGAUGGGUACCAUGGGUGGUCCAACAGCUCUGGACUUCGUCCGACGGGCGAUAAAAGCGGCGACUGUCGUCACUGGGAUAGAGGUCAAGUCUACUCCAGGGUGGGAUUCUUGAACGGCAACACCGAAGGCAAUAACGGCCGCACCGCCGUGCUCUACUCUUGGUAUCUGCCCAAGGUACAAGAAAAACCCGAAACACACAGGCACUACUACCUGACUGUCGUCGUCUGGCUCCACACGAACAAGUGCGGCGCCGAAGCCGGCGAAUAUGAAAUCGCCGGCGUCAGCUACUCCAAUGGCCGCGAUUCCUUCGACACGGCCUCGAACCGGCAGACCAAAUACACCAGCUCGGAAGGCGGCAUUGGCGCCGUCAACACUCACCCCCUCGUCGGCUACAACGGCGGGGUCAACGUGUUUCCCUGGGACGACGAAUCCAAGUGGCCCAUCACGCCCCCGCUGGUCAGUUGGGACAUGCUGCCGAGGGCCGCUCUGGACCAGUUCAACGGCAUCCAAUACGAACACGCCCGCUGCCCCUUUUCGGACGCCAACUUCCAAGCGACCAUCGACGCUGCGUACAACGAGGCCAUGUAUGCCGAUCUGGGACCCGGGCCGGCCGGUGAUUGCGGACCGAAUCCUCUGGACCCUGGAGUGGCCCCUGAGCCGGCGCCUUUGCCGGAGCCGGAGCCUGAGCCCACCGAUCCCACCGACCCCACCGAUCCGCCCACCGAUCCCACCGAUCCCACUGAUCCUACUGAUCCGGGCUCUGAUCCCACCGAUCCCACUGAUCCUACCGACCCCACUGAUCCUUCAGAGCCGGAGCCAUUUGAGGAUAACCCGGAGCUGCCGGAGAAUUCUGAAUUCCCAGUCCGAAUGGCAUAA